GGUGGGCGGGGCGCUGCGGUCGGGGCGGGGCCGUGGCGCGGCCGGUGCAGGGCGGGAGCGGCGGCGGCGCGGCCGGGGCCAUGGCGUGGUCCCGGUACCAGCUGGGCCUGGCCGCCCUCAUGCUGCUCACCGGCUCCAUCAACACCCUGGCGGCCAAAUGGGCCGAUAACUUCAGCGCUCCCGGCUGCAGGGGUUCGGAGGAGCACGGUUUCCAGCAUCCGUUCCUGCAGGCCGUGGGCAUGUUCCUGGGGGAAUUCUCCUGCCUGGGGGUGUUUUACCUGCUGGUGUGGAGGGAUCGGCGGAGGCCGGAGCCCAGCACGGCGCUGGCACAGCCCUUCAACCCGCUGCUCUUCCUGCCGCCCGCCCUCUGCGACAUGACCGGGACCAGCAUCAUGUAUGUGGCCUUAAACAUGACCAGCGCCUCCAGCUUCCAGAUGCUGCGAGGGUCCGUCGUCAUCUUCACCGGGCUCCUCUCCGUCGCCUUCCUGGGCCGCAAGCUGGAGCUGAGCCAGUGGCUGGGGAUCCUGGUGACCGUGGUGGGGCUGGUGGUGGUGGGGCUGGCAGACCUGCACAGCUCCCAUGGCCAGAGGCACAAGCUCAGCGACGUGAUCACCGGUGACUUGCUCAUCAUCAUGGCGCAGGUGGUGGUCGCCAUCCAGAUGGUGCUGGAGGAGAAGUUCGUCUACAAGCACGACGUGCACCCGCUGCGGGCAGUCGGCACCGAAGGUUUUUUCGGCUUCCUCAUCCUGGCCCUGCUCCUGGUGCCCAUGUACUACAUCCCCGCGGGCGGUUUCAGCGGGAACCCUCGCCGGACGCUGGAAGACGCCCUGGACGCCUUUUGCCAGAUUGGUCACCAGCCCCUGAUCGCGCUGGCGCUGCUGGGGAACAUCGGCAGCAUCGCCUUCUUCAACUUCGCCGGCAUCAGCGUCACCAAGGAGAUCAGCGCCACCACCCGCAUGGUGCUGGACAGUCUCCGGACCCUCGUCAUCUGGGCCGUCAGCUUGGCCGUGGGCUGGGAGACCUUCCAUGGCCUAGAGGUUUUGGGGUUCGGGGUGCUGCUGACGGGGGCUGCUCUGUACAACGGGCUGCACCGGCCGCUGCUUGCCCGGCUGCGCCGGCGCGGGGACGAGAGCAGUGGCGCCGAACGGGAGGGUUUGCUGCAUGGGGACAGCACGGCCAUCAACAGCGACAGCUGAGCCACGCGCCCGUGUGACCCUGGGCUUUAUUUCCCUGGAUUGUUGUCCCCUCCUCGGGGGGCUCGGCGUGGUGGUGGGGACACGGUGGGGGUGGGGACACCGUGGUGGGGCCAGCGGCCACUGUCCUGCUGUUAUUUGCAGGAUAAACCUGUCCCUGCCUUGCUGGGAGGGGACAGCGGCGCUGGGCAUGUCCUUCCUUGUCCAGGGGGGAGAUAUUGAAGCCUCUGCCCCUGUUCCCAAGGGGCUCCGGUGCUGGGGGGCUGUGGGGGGUUGGGGCUGGUCCCGCUGCUCCCCAACUUGUGUCUCCCCCCAGUAAAGAGCAUCUGCCCGUGA